ACUAGCUCAUGCUCGCCGCAGGGGUCGGAGGUCAGGGCGAGCGUCUCCCGGGCCGAAGGAGGAAGAUGGCGGUGGAGUCGCGCGUUACCCAGGAGGAAAUUAAGAAGGAGCCGGAGAAGCCGAUCGACCGCGAGAAGACCUGCCCGCUCCUGCUGCGGGUCUUCACCACCAACAACGGCCGCCACCACCGAAUGGACGAGUUCUCCCGCGGGAACGUGCCUUCGAGCGAGCUGCAGAUCUACACCUGGAUGGAUGCAACCUUGAAAGAACUGACUAGUUUAGUGAAGGAAGUCUACCCAGAAGCCAGAAAGAAGGGCACACACUUCAAUUUUGCAAUUGUUUUUAUGGAUCUUAAAAGACCUGGAUAUCGAGUUAAGGAGAUUGGCAGCACCAUGUCUGGCAGGAAGGGCACUGAUGACUCCAUGACCCUGCAGUCACAGAAGUUCCAAAUAGGGGAUUAUCUGGACAUAGCCAUCACGCCUCCAAAUCGGGCGCCGCCUUCGUCAGGGAGGAUGAGACCCUACUGAAGUCUAUUGACUUUCUUGAAGUUAUUUUUCAGCCAGUUUGUAAAAUAAACUUACUUAAUCCUUUCUUCCCCCGGACUUUGCCAUUAAGCCUUUAAAUUUUCAACAAAUUGUAACACAUUUAUUUAGGAAUUAGAGUUGGAUGUACUUUGGUAUAUUAAAGUCCAUAUGUUUUAAGCCCUUAUGUAAAAUAUGAAGAAAAGUGCUCUUAGCAUUCUGUAUAAAGCUGUAUUGUGAAAUACAUGUGUUCAAUCAAAAAAAAAAAAAAAAAAAAAAA